GCGCAGGCUCAGUGCCCGGAACGGUUUUUCGUUCCCCGUGUUUGCUGCGGUCGAUGUUGCGGGUUGCACAUUCCUUCCGGUGUGCGGCAGCUCGGUGACAUUGAGCGGGCGGGAUGCAGGCGGUGCGCCGGGUGGUGUGUGCCAUGUCCGGCGGGGUGGAUAGCUCGGUGGCGGCUUUCCUGCUUCACAGGCGGGGUGAGGAGACCGUGACCCGGAUAUAUUAUAUUAAAUAUCAUAUUAUAUACUGUAUUAUUAUAUUAUAUACUGAAUUAUAUUAUAUACUGUAUUAUUAUAUUAUAUUAUAUACUGAAUUAUAUUAUAUACUGUAUUAUAUAUAUUAUAUUAUAUACUGUAUUAUUAUAUUAUAUACUGAAUUAUAUUAUAUACUGUAUUAUAUUAUAUACUGUAUUAUUAUAUUAUAUACUGUAUUAUUAUAUUAUAUACUGAAUUAUUAUAUUAUAUACUGUAUUAUUAUAUUAUAUACUGAAUUAUAUUAUAUACUGUAUUAUAUUAUAUUAUAUACUGUAUUAUUAAUUAUAUUAUAUACUGUAUUAUUAUAUUAUAUACUGUAUUAUAUAUAUUAUAUUAUACUGUAUUAUUAAUUAUAUUAUAUACUGUAUUAUAUAUUAUAUUAUACUGUAUUAUUAAUUAUAUUAUAUACUGUAUUAUAUAUUAUAUUAUACUGUAUUAUUAAUUAUAUUAUAUACUGUAUUAUUAUAUUAUAUACUGUAUUAUUAUAUUAUAUACUGUAUUAUUAAUUAUAUUAUAUACUGUAUUAUAUAUAUUAUAUUAUAUACUGUAUUAAAUAUCAUAUUAUAUACUGUAUUAUUAUAUUAUAUACUGUAUUAUAUACUGUAUUAAAUAUAUUAUAUACUGUAUUAUAUUAUUUACUGAAUUAUAUUAUAUACUGUAUUAUAUAUUUUAUAUACUGUAUUAUAUUAUAUACUGUAUUAUAUUAUUUACUGAAUUAUAUUAUAUUAUAUACUGAAUUAUUAUAUUAUAUACUGUAUUAUAUAUUAUAUGAUGUACUGUAUUAUAUUAUUUACUGAAUUAUUAUAUUAUAUACUGUAUUAUAUUAUUUACUGAAUUAUAUUAUAUUAUUUACUGAAUUAUAUUAUUUACUGUAUUAUAUAUUAUAUACUGUACUAAAUUAUAUUAUUUACUGAAUUAUAUUAUAUUAUUUACUGUAUUAUAUAUUAUAUACUGUAUUAAAUAUAUACUGUAUUAAAUAUAUACUAUAUUAUAUACUGUAUUAUAUAUUAUAUUAUAUACUAUUAUACAGUAUAUAUAAUAUAAUAUAUACAGUAUAUAAUAUAUACAGUAUAUAAUAUAUACAGUAUAUAAUAUAUAAUAUAUAUAAUACAGUAUAUAAAAUUUAAUACAGUAUAUAAUAUAUAUAAUACAGUAUAUAAUAUAGUAUAUAAUAUAUAAUACAGUAUAUAAUACAGUAUAUAAUAUUUAAUACAGUAUAUAAUAUAUAUAAUACAGUAUAUAAUAUAUAAUACAGUAUAUAACAUAUAAUACAGUAUAUAAUAUAAUAUAUAAUACAGUAUAUAAUAUAAUAUAAUAUAUAAUACAGUAUAUAAUAUAAUAUAUAUAAUACAGUAUAUAAAAUUUAAUACAGUAUAUAAUAUAUAUAAUACAGUAUAUAAUAUAAUAUAAUACAGUAUAUAAUAUAAUAUAGUAUAUAAUAUAUAAUAUAGUAUAUAAUAUAUAAUACAGUAUAUAAUAUUUAAUAGAGUAUAUAAUAUAAUAUAUAAUACAGUAUAUAAUAUAAUACAGUAUAUAAUAUAUAAUACAGUAUAUAAUAUAUAAUACAGUAUAUAAUAUAAUAAUACAGUAUAUAAUACAGUAUACUGUAUGUAUUAUAUAUUAUAUACUGUAUUAUAUACUGUAUUAUUAUAUUAUAUACUGUAUAAUAUAUUAUAUAAUACAGUAUAUAAUAUAUAAUACAGAAUAUAAUAUUUAAUACAGUAUAUAAUAUAUAAUACAAUAUAUAAUAUUUAAUACAGUAUAUAAUAUAAUAUAUAAUACAGUAUAUAAUAUAAUAAUACAGUAUAUAAUGUAUAAUACAGUAUAUAAUACAGUGUAUAGUAUAUAAUACAGUAUACUGUAUGUAUUAUAUAUUAUAUACUAUAUUAUAUUAUAUACUGUAUUAUAUAUUAUAUACUGUAUUAUAUUAUAUACUGUAUAAUAUAUUAUAUACUAUUAUACAGUAUAUAAUAUAAUAUGCAGUAUAUAAUAUAAUAUAUAAUACAGUAUAUAAUAUUUAAUACAGAUAUAAUAUAAUAUUUAAUAGAUAUAAUAUAUAAUACAGUAUAUAAUAUAUAAUACAGUAUAUAAUAUAUAUAUAAUACAGUAUAUAAUAUAACAUAUAACACAGUAUAUAAUAUAUAAUACAGUAUAUAAUAUAUAAUACAGUAUAUAAUAUUUAAUACAGUAUAUAAUAUAUAAUACAGAAUAUAAUAUAUAAUACAGAAUAUAAUAUAUAAUAUAAUAUUUAAUACAGUAUAUAAUAUAUAAUACAGUAUAUAAUAUACUAAUACAGUAUAUAAUAUACUAAUACAGUAUAUAAUAUAUAUAAUACAGUAUAUAAUAUAAUACAGUAUAUAAUAUAUAAUACAGUAUAUAAUACAGUAUAUAAUAUUUAAUACAGUAUAUAAUAUAUAAUACAGUAUAUAAUAUAUAAUACAGUAUAUAAUAUAUAAUAUAAUAUAUAAUACAGUAUACUGUAUGUAUUAUAUAUUAUAUACUGUAUUAUAUAUUAUAUCUGUAUUAAAUAUUAUAUUAUAUCUGUAUUAAAUAUUAUAUACUGUAUUAAAUAUUAUAUUAUAUACUGUAUUAUAUAUUAUAUACUGUAUUAAAUAUUAUAUUAUAUACUGUAUUAUAUAUUAUAUACUGUAUUGUAUUAUAUUAUAAACUGUAUUAAAUAUUAUAUAUUAUAUACUGUAUUAAAUAUAUACUGAAUUAAAUAUAUACUGUAUUUUAUAUAUAGAGAAAGAGGCACUUCCCAAGCUAAUGGGGAGUACCAAUCAAAGAGGGUUAUAAGGGUGGCAAAAUGGGCAUAACCCAGCGUAAAACACAAUAGAGAGAGAAAAAAUGAAGGAAAUGAUCAACCCUCCUAGAAAAAGGGGGGGAUUAUGAUCACCUUCAAGCCACCCUAAAAAAUGGCGUCUCAAAAGUAAAAAUAAUAAAUAACUUUAAUAGGAAAAAAAUGGAGAAAAAACACCACACACAAAAGUAAAACAUAAACUAAAUCAAUUUAAAAUGAAUGGAUAUAAAGGGUCAAGUGUCUGAGGAGUGUAACCAGACUCACAUAGAUCAAUGUAUAUACUUAGUAUCAAACUCACUCAUAACAGAGUGGUAAAUUGUAAAGUAACUAAUAUCUUGCGCUAGACCCCACAGGGUAGACACUAAUGUUUGGGAAUCGAAAGGAUAGAGAAGGUAAAUAAGUGAGGGUGAAAAAUAAAGUGGAAAUAACCUAACAAAGGUAUAGUACAGCAGAUUGAAAAGGUUAUAUCUACCCACCAAUUAACUCACUAAACUCUAUCACUAUAACAGCGAAUAUUCAAAGCAAAAAGCAGCUCAAACAUCGGUGUAACAUCCUGGUAUCCAUAAAGAGAAACCUCAAAUAGGUCUAAGUAGAAACAAAAAGCAGCCCAACGCGCGUUUCGGCGGACUAACCGCCUUUUUCAAGGGCAAUCAGAAGAUAAUAAAGUAAACCGCAUGUAUAAUCCCCCCCCGGAACUAUUUAAAUGUCUUUCCAUACCUCCUCCUUGUUAUGAUUGGUGGAAUCUAUCACCGUGCUAAUAAGCAAGAAGAAAUGCGCAUGUCAGAAGAGAGACAUGCGCAUGUGCAUCCAGUAUGUCUUAUUUUUCGGGUUGCGCAUGUCCGAAGAGUAACGAAGAUAAAUGCGCAUGUCCGCCCACCGGCGGACACGCAUGCGCAAAAGCUUCCUGUCUACCCGAAAGGUCCCCCAGAUCAUGCGCAUGUCCGCAGCGUAAUAGCCGCGCAUGCGCAAGAUAUCUGAGCACAAAGUGAACUAGUUAUACAAAUAGCUCAGUAUAAACAGGAAACGAUGUAUCUAUAAUAGAUAAUAACUAGAGCGAUAGAACUAUAUAACUAUAUGGAGGAGUAAAAUAAAUAUUAUUCUGAGGGAUAGGAUAAAGCGGAGAACAAAUUAAAAACAAUAGUAAAUCCACAAUAAUGGUUGGAGUAAUCCAACCCAAUCCAUAUUAGUUUUAUAGUCAAAAAGACUAGAUAACGAAAUAUAGAUCAUUCCACCCCUGGCUGGAAAUAAUCAAAAAGUAUGUAUAAAGGGUUAGUAGUGAGAUGUAUAACCAUACAUGCAUAUAAUACUGGAUUAUAGACCCCAAUAGGUAUAGUUAGCUCCAUCUUUAUGUGUAAUUGCAAUUAUUUACAUAUAAAGAGAACAUGUCCAGAUGUGUAUAUAUAUAUAGAGCCAUAUAUAUACAAAGUAUAGAAGCCCUUACAUAUACAAAUAACAGAAAAGGCCGUUAGAUAAAAGGAGCAAAGGAAAAUCCCUCAUUCAAACCCAAAGGUUGAAGGGUCUUGAGUUCAUAUAUCCAUCUGGACUCUCUUUGUCUUAGAGUUUUGUCAUAGUCUCCCCGUCUCGGGGUCCUUUUAACCAGUUCUAGACCACAGAACCUAAGGUUACUGGGAUCUCCCUGGUGAUGUUCUCUCAAAUGUCUCGAGAUAGGAGUCUCGAGCCGAUUCCUGGGGGAUCUCACAUGCUCCAAAAUCCUAUCCUUGAACGCCCUGAAGGUCUUCCCUACAUAUUUCUGUCCACACAUGCAUGAUAGUAGGUAUACUAUGCCUUUGGUGUUACAAUUAAAAAAGCUAUUAAUUUUGAAGGAACCCUGUCCCUUACUAUCAGUCACAAUCUUGGAACCUUUCAAGAUAAACUUACAGGCUACGCAUCUACCGCAGCCAUAUGUGCCUGUCGGUGGAGUACCCAACCAAGAGGCACGUGGCUGUAAUUUCAUGGAAAAAUGGCUGGGAACUAAAAAAUCUCGGAUCUGUAAUACUGACAUGUGGAGUUAGAACAUCCCGCAGAUGUACAUCAUUUAAAAGGAUAGGCCAGAAUCUUUCAAGUGAUUUCCGUACUUCUGGCCACCCCAUAUCAAACGUUGCAAUCAUGCGGAUCGUACCACUCCCCUGAUUAGGGUUCUCCUUAGGGGUGUCACAUAGUAAUUCAUUUCUCUCAGUUAGGAGUGCUCGUUUAUAAGCUCUUUUUAAACAACGAUUUGGAUAGCCCUUCUCUUUAAAGUAUUGUCGAAGUUGUUUAGCUUGUAUAAUGAAAUCCUGGGUGUCACUACAAUUUCUCCGAAGACGGAGAUAUUGGCCAACUGGUAUACCCUCUUUUAGAGGUCGAGGGUGGUGGCUAGUCCAGUGAAGAAGGGAGUUAGUUGCUGUAGGUUUUCUGAACAGCGUGGAAUGAACUACACCCUCUUCACUGAUAGUAAUAGUGACAUUGAGGAAAUUAAUCGAGCGUCCUCCAAAUUCAGACGUGAAACGAAGAUUCUCAUUGUUCACGUUAAGGAGAGUUACCAUAUCUGAGAAUUCAAGGGGGGUGCCUUGCCAGACAAUCAAAAUGUCAUCGAUGUAACGACCCCACCAUAGAACCUUAGGUAGGUAUUCACUCAACAAAUCUGAAUUGCAUACCUGUUGUUCCCACCAACCCAGGUGGAGGUUUGCAUAUGAGGGGGCACAAGCCGUCCCCAUAGCAGUACCCCUCACCUGGUGGUAGAACCGGUUAUUGAAAAGAAAAUAAUUAUGUGACAAAAUAAAUCUCAACAAGCGUAGAAGGAAAGCUGUAUAUAUAUCAUCCCGCGGAGUUCUUUGGUCAAGAAAAAAAGCCACAUGAUCAAUCCCAUUAUCAUGAGGUAUGGAUGAAUAUAAAGAUUCAACAUCCAAACUACAUAAUUGGGCAUCUCUAUUGUAUUUUAUAUACUGUAUUAAAUUUUAUAUACUGUAUUAAAUAUUAAAUAUUAUAUGCUGUAUUAAAUUUUAUAUACUGUAUUAUAUAUUAUAUUAUAUAUUGUAUUAAAUUUUAUAUACUGUAUUAAAUUUUAUAUACUGUAUUAUAUAUUAUAUUAUAUACUGUAUUAUAUAUUAUAUACUUUAUAAAAUUUUAUAUACUGUUUUAUAUAUUAUAUUAUAUACUGUAUUAAAUAUAUACUGUAUUAUAUAUUAUAUUAUAUACUGUAUUAUAUUGUAUACUGUAUGUAUCAUAUACUGUAUUAUAUAUUAUAUACUGUAUGUAUUAUAUAUUAUAUUAUAUACUGUAUUAUAUAUUAUAAUGGUUCUGAUAGUGAAAUCCACAUAGAAUUAUAGAAUCCUGUGGUCAGCGGGUUCCCCUAGUGUUCUAGUGUAGGAAAUGGAAGCCAGCAAUCAGGUAGUUGGUAAAUAUCGGGGGGUUUCUAAAGGUAAAAUUGCCAGGAAUUUCCCAAUUUCAGGCUAAAAUAGACUUACUGAAAGCAUAGCUCAAUUUAAAUUCCAAUUAAUCUAUUUUGUCCUUAAAUUUUCUCUUUGAUUUCCCAUCAAUUCUGACAUUAGUAAAUGAGCCUGUGUGGGAGCAGAAAUGUUUUAAAGUGACUCUGUCACCCAAAUUUACCUUUCAUUUAUUGUUUCUUCUCUUCCUCCUUCAGAAUCUGUUCUUUUUUUUAUCUAUAUCUCUUUAAAUCAUUAGACACAGUUGGAACUACUUUUUGUCUUGAAUAUUUUUCCUACACUUGACAAAUCCCGACACAGGGUGGAGCUUAAGGCAGGGUAACAGAGGGUGGAGCCUUAAGCCUUAAGCUCCACCCUGUGUCAAGAUUGUCACAUGCAAGAAAAUAUACAGUAUUUAUAGUCCCUGCUUUGCCGUAUCUUUUUUUUUUUUUCUUAUUCUUUAUUUUUUGAGUGCAGUGGGAAGUACAGGCUUAUAUAUUGACAUUUGACAGGAUGCAUAAUGACAGCAGGUAAACAGAUAAGGUCAAGAAUCGUUGCACUCAUUUUUUGGGGUAAUGCAUGCUUAUUCAUCUGAAGACUAAUUAAGUAGUGAUAAUAAUAACAAAGAUUAACCAUGCAAAAAGAUAAUACGUUUAGACUUAUUAGUGGGCAGUUAUCGCUUAGCUGUAGCCAACAAGCUGGGGUAGUUCUGGUACUGAGCAGCAUCGGGUUGCACACCGGUGCUAGAAAGGUAGAGACCUCUGUAUCAGUAUUAUGUGUACACUGGUAUUGCUCUGAGAUUGAAAUAUUGAUAUUUUACAACAAGAAAAGUGGCAGUGUGUUGCUCAUCCAGUGGGAGUUAUAUAGGUUAGGAGGUGGAGAGCAGUGUAACCCGCAGAGCCUUAUUCUGCUCAAUAUGGAGCUUGCGGUCAGUGGGAUCAAAUUCAAAUCAUUCAUGCUAUGCAGAGUGAAAUGCAUAAAAUGUUUGAGUGUAUCGCUGAAUAUACAAACAGGGUAGUUUAUGUAGGCAAAAUUUUGUGAAGCUCCCUAGUGGCUAAUGUCUGAUUUCGUAGCAUCCAUUGGUGGCUGUCCACUAUUUCUAGUGAGGGAAUCUGGAGCUGAUGGGCACAUGAACUGAAGGCUAUAGCAAGAGAGAAAUAUAAAAUAGUUAAACAAUGAAAGUUGGAGGCAUAGACCUUGGGCUGUGCAGCCAGGCAACGGUGGGUGAUGCAAAUCCCAUUGACCGUCCUCUUGAGUCAGCCAAUGCCCACCCUGGAGGCUGGAGAUGGAGGUUUGGGAUGGAUGAACACCCAGUCCAGCUGUGAGAGUCCCAGUGUUGGGCCCAUUGCUGUGGAGAGUUGUGUGCAGAGUGCAGAAAGAUGAUGCCCUCUGUGGGGUCUGUUUGGACGGUGCAGUGAGGAGUGACGAUUUCUCCGCGGCCCCACAGCUGGUGUCGGUGUGCAGCUGGGCUUAGAGGGGACCCGUCGUGAUGUCUGGUGCAGGCAUUUGGGUUUCCGUUUUGGUGGGAAAGGUCUUCUCCCAUGGCGCCGUCUCCGAGCUCCCCCCGAAGGCACAACUGCGAGUCUGUGAGCAGGGUGUGCAGUCUUUUCUCCGUGUAAGUAUGUCCCAGUUUGCCUCUCCCUGCUGGCCAGUUUCGCCCAGAAGGCAUCAAAUAUGGCAUUAAGCCUUGACAGGAUGUCAGACCUCCUGUCAGUGCCUCUGGAGGUGCACGUGGCAUCCGCCAUUAUGCAGGCCCUCGCUUUUGGAAGCUGCUUGUUCGGCCUCACAGCUUAUAGCCCAGUUGCUCCAGGGGAGUGGACCAGGAUCACCCCCGCUGGUUCUAGGGGGGAGCAGAAAAUCAGUGGCUCCAGCGUGAGGGCGAGGAGAGCGGCCGUCUCUCCCCGGCUCUGUUCCCCGCAGCAUGCCACUUCUGGUUCCCGAUCGUGGAAAACUUUCAUUUUGGGUAUCUUGCACUUCACCAGGGUGCCCCCGACUUGGGUGGCAUACCCGGCAUAUUUUCAGGCUUUGUAUCCAUGAUUAUUUCCAUUUAAUCAGCUUGUACAGUGGGAGCCCGUCGGGCAUGCGACCACUCAGUUUGCAGGUCAGGCCCCGCCCCCCUUUGCCGUAUAUUUUAAAGAGAAAUCAGUCAGAAAAGAACAGAUUCCGAGAGAGGAAGAGAAGGCUUUAAUGUGUGUCACCUAGAUUUAAUUAAAAAACAUUUAUUUAUUUAUUUUUUUACCACAUGUGCGUCUUACAUAGACUACAGUUCCACACCUCACUUUAAUCUGUUGUUUGCUGUAUGUUGUGAUAGUUUAUGGCACUGACAUGUAUCGUAAUGUAAAUUUAUAAAUGGAUCGAGUUUAAGCCCAGUUCUCUUAUACAAGUCCCUGCUUCUUCCUAAUGGCUCCUUUUAUAAAGAUGCAUGAAGAAUCCAGUGCUGACGCUGAACACAAUCAUAGUCUUAUCCCCAGCUUCAUUCAUGAAAAAGCAGGAGUAGAGAUACUAGUUUGCUGAACGAAGAAAAACAUGGCUGCCAUCCGCUUGGGCUGAAGUUUCAUUCAUAGCUUUGUCCACAAAAACUGUUUUCAAAGAUAAAUGAUGUAUCCCUUAAACUCUGGCUGGCCAUCUGGGCUGUGCUCUGCUUUCAAACAAUAGAAUUAGAAUCCCAGGAUUGGCUGAAAGCUAUGCAGAGCUCACUGUAGCUGCUGUAAAUCUUGGGAUUUGCAGCAAAUGUAGAAAUGAAAACAAGGGGAAAAUUUUUAGAUAUACGUUUAUUUCUUUAUCCGAUUUUUAUUUUUUAAUUUUUUUUUAAAUACACGGUCUAUAACGCAUUAAAAAUAUGGGUUAACUCCUGUCCGUUUUGUUUGUGGAAUAUAUGUGUUAAAGGUUCUACUACAGAAUGUGCCCCUGGCAAUCGUAGCUACCAACUUUAUUGCCUCUUAGGGUGUGUAUAUAUAUUUAUUUUCCAAAUCCAUUUUGUUUUGUUAAAUGUUAAUAGUGAGUUUGAGUGCCAGAGAUUAAUUUAUUCUUCCUGCUUCAAUGACAGGCUAUGAUGUUAUUGGCGUAUAUAUGAAUAACUGGGACGUGGUAGAUGAGAACGGCAUGUGCAGCGCAGAGCGAGAUUGCGAGGAUGCCUACCGGGUCUGUAAAAAGUUGGAUAUUCCUUUCCACCAAGUAUCCUAUAUCAAGGAGUACUGGCAUGACGUAUUUAGGUAAUAUGUCAUCAUUUUUGUUUAAUUACUUGUUUUUCUGUUCUGCAUUUGAAUUAGAUUUGUUUCCCUGCCAUUAAAAUAAUAGCUAGACUUUGUUACAUACAGUAAUCAGAAAUUUGAUUGGCUGUUGACUACAACUCUCAUCACACUCGGCCGUGUGUCUUUUGUGAUAUGCAGAAGGGAUAAAGAGCGAAACCAGUCUCUUUCAAGGAGUCAGACUCUGCACGAGAACUAUCAUAGUCCUCAUGGUCUAUGUGCAUUCCCCGACAAUGUGUAUUUAUCUCCGAACCAUUUAUUACAAGACGCUAAUAUUAAUCCUGUGCGUACACUAUUUGCAUUUUUAAUGUUGAGUUUAAAUUCCAAUGCGACUUUAGAAAGACAUUUUACUUCUUCAAAGUGCCUAUGUCAUGGAUAAUAUUAUCACUCUAUAGAGAAUAAACGUUUGUUAUAUCUAUUACAGUAGAAAACUUUUUUUUUAAAUGAAUCCUUUUACCUAAAUAUGGUAGACAAAUAUUUUAUACAUAUAACCUCCCCAAAAAACAGAACAGUAGCGCUAUGUGAAUACUUAUAAAAUGGAAUAAAAACAAGAUGUUUGCUUACUCCUCUCCAUCGGUUACUGCUGAGUAAAUGGUAAGACAUCGAUGGCAAUAUUGGUGAUUACAUGUGAAGCCACUGCAUUCCUAGUAGCAGCUAUCUUGACUUAGAAAGAACCAAUCGUCUGGUAAGGUAUAUCUUUUAACCGAUACAUUUUGACAUUUAUUUCACUUCCACCGUAUAUAAAUGUAUAUACCUACCUGAAGGUGAACUUGCCAUGCACGUGUUCUGUGGAUGACAGGUCAAUGUUAAUAAAUGAUUAUGUCUUGCUUUUAGCAGCCAGUAUAAUAAUGUAUCACAGUGUCUCCCAGCAGCAGAAAAUCAGAUGCAGUAAGAGUCUCAUCAUGGCCCAUAUAGUGUGAGAUGGUUUCGCUUAUAUGAACUCACUAGGUUCCCCUCUAUCCGUGUCUCAGUUUGUGAACAGUCACAGUCCGCAUCAGCAUGUUACCUUUUAUUUUAUAAAUUAUUUUAAUUCUAACUUAAAGGAACACUAUAGUCACAUAAAUUACUUUAGCUAAAUAAAGCAGUUUUAGUGUAUAGACCAUUCCCCUGCUAUUUCACUGCUCAAUUCACUGUCAUUUAGGAGUUAAAUCACUUUGUUUCUGUUUAUGGCCCUAGCCACACCUCCCCUGGCUAUGAUUGACAGAGCCUGCAUGAAAAAAAAACUGGUUUCACUUUCAAACAGAUGUAAUUUACCUUAUACAAUUGUAUCUCAAUCUCUAAAUUGAACUUUAAUCACAUACGGAAGGCUCUUGCAGGGUCUAGCAAGCUAUUAACAUAGCAGGGGAAAAUCUUAAUUAAACAGAACUUGCAAUAAAGAAAGCCUAAAUAGGGCUCUCUUUACAGGAAGUGUUUAUGGAAGGCUGUGCAAGUCACAUGCAGGGAGGUGUGACUAGGGUUCAUAAACAAAGGGAUUUAACUCCUAAAUGGCAGAGGAUUGAGCAGUGAGGCUGCAGGGGCAUGUUCUAUACACAAAAACUGCUUCAUUAAGCUAAAGUUGUUCAGGUGACUAUAGUGUCCCUUUAACUUUUAUUAAAUAUUUAACCUGAUUACAAUUUAGCAUUGUAUUAUGGGUGAUAAGCUGAUUGAGGUGUGGGAGAUGGAACUGGGUGAUGGUUAAAAGUCGGUUUUCGGUGCUGUGGCAAAACAGAAGGUGUCGGUUACAGCUUAUUCUAUGCAUUGAUACAAUGUAUUUGAUGUUGUGACUGGCCACUACAAGUCGUGUGAACUAUAAUCUCUGGCGUUUAUAAUUUAAUUCCUGCCAUGCGUUACAUGUGAUGGAAUUUAUAAAAAUGAAACCACUACAUCGUGAACAAGCUGGGAUUUUACUUUUUUGGCUUCUUUUUCAGUAAUUUCUUAAAUGAAUAUGAGAGAGGUAGAACUCCAAACCCCGACAUCCUGUGCAACAGGCAUAUCAAAUUUAAUUACCUGCUGAGCUACGCCAUAGAUAAUUUAGGUGAGUCUCUUGUAACCGGGCCGUUUCACAUUAUAUAGUUUAUGCCAGUUUCCCUUUAAUAGUGUUUACCAGUCAUUAGCCGUGACUUGGCACCAACGCUUUGCUGAACAUAAUAAACAUCUUUGUUAGAAUUGUAAUUGUGUUUUCCUGGCUUUCAAACCAGGGUUUAGAAUUUAAUUAUUUCUGUUUUUACCAGCCGCUACAAAUGCUUCAAAAAGUAACCAAGCACAGAAACUGGUGAGCCAUACCCAGUAGGUCAUUACUAAGUUAUACCGGAAUACAGAUCUUCAUUCAUUUUUAGUAUAUUUAAUCCUUUAAAUGCCCCUGUUUGAAAAGAAAAUCACUAUCCUUACUGUAAUACAGAAAUGUAAAAAUGGGUCGUUUUUAUUAUUUCACACACAUUUACUUUUUCAUUAAAAGUUGGGGAGUCCUACACUGCUGCAAUGUAAUGGGACAGUGAUUGCAGACUUUCUUGGAUAAAUAUUGAGGUUAUCGAAUAAACAGGAAAUUGCUAAGUAUUGACAAGUCAAUUGCAAUUUAUAGGUUAAAAUAUCAGAUUUAGAAAAACUAUCCCACUUCGCCAUCAUCUUUUUUUAUUUGCAAUUCUCGUCAUCUCUACAAUUCCUGUAUUAGUGAUAACUCCAUGUGAUGUUGGCACUGCACAUAAAAAAAUCUGGUCUUUCCUGUACCCUCACAGUGGAGAAAUAGAACUGGGGAUUAAAUGGAUACUCUAAGCACCAAAACAACUUUAUCUUAAUGAAGCAGUUGUGGUGUAUAGAUCACGUCCCUGCAGUCUCACUGCUCAAUAUCUGCCCAAUAAUUGUAUCUUUGCAAUUAUAAAAUAUUUGUAUGAAAAGAAUGUUUGAUUAAAAUGGCACCGUCACAAGUCAUCUUACAAAGUGGCACUUUAAAAGGAAACGUGGGGGCAGAUAUGGGUUUCCUUUGCUCAUUUUUGCUGCCAUUUUCUUCUCUGUACAAUUGGCAUAAUCUGCGAUGAGUCACUUUUGUAAUCACGUGUGUGUGCGAUAAGAUUUCCUAUUCACGGGAAAUGACAGGGUGUCUUGGAGGAAAUGGUAUAUUGCCACAUUUUUCUAGAAAUCAGUCCUUACUAUAUCCCAUGUAUAUCUUUUGAUUGCUUUGGAAUUUCAAUGAAAUGUAUACUUUUUUUUUUUUUUUUUUUUAAAUAUAGUGUGUGCGUUUGUGUGUGCAUGUGUGUGUGCGUGCACUAAAGAUACUAUAUAUAGUAAAGUUCCACAUUGAAGCUGAAUAUCAUACCACUUAAUCCUUUUGGCAUAUGGUGAUGGAUAAAAGAUACAUAUCCUCUUCCACUGACAGCAAACACAUAGGGAAGUAUAUUUUAUUAAUUUAUUUUUUAUUUUAAACACUUUUUGUUUUACAUACAGGAGCUGAUGGUAUUGCCACUGGUCAUUAUGCAAGAACAUCCCAAGAUGAAGAAGAGGCAUUUCAGCAGAAAUAUAUUCCGAACCCUCCCAGUCUGUUUAGGAACAGAUUUGAAGUUCGGAAUGGUUGGUUUUGUUGAUUAUUAUUGUUGCCAUUAAACACGGUGGGGGUGUUAUUUAUUAAAGUGUCUGUUCUAAAAAGUGGUGGAAUAUUGCGAAAGGAAAGGAGUCACCAAUGUAUUGCCUGCUGCUUUCACUACUUUGCAUGGCAAUUGCCCAACUUUUCGAAUUAUAGAAAGCUCCCAAUACUUCUUUAACCUGCCAUUCAUAACUCGGACAUCUGAGAUCAACUAAAAAAUUAUAAUUAUAUUAAUUGUAUUCAUGGAAAGCCCAGUGUUGUAAAUAAUUCACUCUCUAACACAUGGGAGACUUAAUGUUAAGAUAGUAAUAGUAGAUGUACUCUGGUUGUAGAAUGUCAUUAAACUGGUAUAUUCUAAAAAGGUUGUUUUUUUUUUUUUCUAUUUCUUCCUGUGUUUGAGAACAAACCAUCUGACUUUAUUUACCAUACAAGAUCUUGGCACAACAUUCCUAAUCCAUUUAAAACUAUCCCCAAUAGAUCUUGUCAUCUUGCCAGUCAUGAAAACUCUCAGAACUUAGUACUUUGUAUUGGGAGUAUUUUCAUGUGAUAAGCUAGGACACUCUGCUGCCCAAAAAUAAAAUGAAAAAUCAUUGUUUAGUAGAUAUAUUUCAAAUGAAAACAUGCAUGCGUUUAAUUGGAUGUAUAGCUAAAACAGCUUGCAAAAGCUGCAGAUCUCUUGUCUGCAGCCUUUACAAGCCCUCCCCUUUUAACCACGUCCAGACCUUCUGAGGCUGUCCAAUCACAGACUUCCCAAUGCAGCUUAAUAAGAAGUUCCUGGCAAUUUCUGUCUCUUGAAGAUUAAUUUAUAAAAGUGACAGUGUCACUUUUUUUCCCACUGAAUUUGUGUGUGAAACAAAACAAAGACACACUUUUCACACACAAAUCAUGUAAGGAAGCUAAACUGCUUUAGGGGUCUAUAGUGACCUUUUAAAUGUAUUGAAUAUGGCAAAAAAUAACUGUGCUGCCCUAAGCUAAGCAGAGUCUAUAAACGCACACUGCUAGAUCUAGAUUUGUAGGGGUCUUCAGGACUAUGUAUUCAUUCAAUUUCCUGAAAAGUGUAGUAUGGGUCAUCAGCGCUGGCUGCUGAUGUAAACUGACUUUUAUCCGCUUGUUUUCAGAUGUACGCCUCCUACAAGCAGCUGAUCGGAUAAAAGACCAGACUUUCUUUCUUAGUCAGAUCUCACAAUAUGCGUUAAGGAAAACCAUCUUUCCCAUCGGAGGGCUAACAAAGGACUUUGUAAAAAAGAUGGCUGCUGAAGCUGGGUUUCACCAUGUUUUACAGAGAAAAGAGGUGCGGAAACAAUAUGUACUUUUGUCACAUUUCUUCCAUUUGAUAUGAUUUUGCACAAGCUCUGAUCUGGUCAAUAUUGGUAAAAUGUUUAAUACCUUAUCAGGAUUUUUUGGAUCAGUACAUAUUGUAGUGAUUUUAGAGUAUUUCCUCAUACAGUAAACACUAUUUAUUUAUUUGUACCUUAAGGGGAAACUAUAGUUUAAAACUGAUAAUCUUUGCAGCCCCUCUCUUCUCCUCCCACUUCGUUUUCUCUCCUUUCAUUUCUCGUUCAAUUGUGGAUGAGAAGCACAUUCGUAGCAAGCACUGCACUUCUCCCUGAGAAGCAUUGAAUCUAUGCAAAGCAUUUACAGAAUGCUCAAUGUUGUCAUUCAAUGCGUGAGAAUGUUGAUUGUCAAGAACAGUCUCACUCUGUGCUCACAGCAGAAGCACCAUCUAGUGGCUGUCAACGUAACAGCAACUAGAAGUUUAGCCCCACAGUGCAAACAUUGCCACAUCUCCCAAACAGGAAUGUUUUGCAUUUUGGGAGAGAAGAGCCUGGGAGUGGGUCACUACACAAGGACCAUUUCAUUGAGAUGAAGAUGACUAGGUGUCUAUAGUUCCUUUUUUUAAAAUGUAAUUUUGUACUCCCAGCAUUUUGAACACAAAUGACCGUUUAAUAAUUUCUUGACUCGGUGUUUGAUAUACCUUCGUGAACCAUGCAGCAAGGACUCAUGACACUACAUUGCUGCAUCCUUUUUCCAAUGUAUUUGUGUAUUAAAACACAUUAUACGAGCAAAGCUGCAUUUGGAAACCGAUUCCCAGCAUUGGAGCAAUAUGAAUAACGUUUACAUUUUAUUGUUGUCAUAGAGCAUGGGGAUCUGCUUUAUCGGAGAACGGAAUUUUGAAAAUUUCAUUCUUGAGGUAUGUUCCAAAAACAUUUCCUUGCCGAGAACAGCUUUAAAUGUUGAAUGCAGUUCUUGUAAUUCUUUGUCUUUUUAUUAAGUACUUAGAACCUCAACCUGGAAACUUUGUAUCAAUAGAGGAUGGAAGAAUCAUGGGGAGGCACCAGGGUGAGAAUCAUGUUUUGUAUCUUUUCCACAAAGUAUUUUUAAUUUUCCAUUACUCACUGUUUGCCUAGCCGCCCAUAUGUUCAAGGUUCGCUUAUUUUGUAAAUGUUCUCAGUUUUGUUCUGUAGUUUUGACGUGGAUAACAAGGUGAGAUUCAGGUAGGUAUACAAGUGUAAUCCGCAUACAGUGCUGUCCAGAUCAUCAGCAAAUGUUCACUGCGUAGUUUAUAUCUAACCGCUUUUCUCCAAGUUGUCUGUCUGAAAAGCUGUGCUCGCAUUGUCCACCUGUGUCUGCCUUAUUCGCAGCCCAGCAGUACACAGAAAUGGUGCAAAUUCACAGAAUUUGAAUACUUUUUGCAUCAUAUCAAUCAGAUAAGAAGAAUUAGCUAAAUUGAGCUGCAGUGGUAACACUGUGAUUUUAGCCCCUUCACGACAGAUGAUGUAGUAAACACAUUCUUAUAUUAUUUUAUUAUUUAUAUAGCGCCAGCAAAUUCUGUAGCGCUGUACAAUGGGUGAACUAACAGCCACGUAAUUGUAUCCAGACAAAUGGACGCACAGGAACAGAGGGGUUGAGGGCCCUGCUCAAUGAGCUUACAUGCUACAUUGUAUUUGUGCAACCCCAUAUGCUGAACGGGUUAAUGUCUGUUAAUACUGUGUCGGUCUGCCCCUAUAUAUUAGCGUCUGGAGUAUGAAUAAUGCCCAGUGAUCAAAUAACUUUCUUUAAUCAAUAGGCAAUCCUUCAGGGAAUUUAUUUUGCCGGCAAAUCAUAUGCUGGCUGCACAAACUCUAUAGAGCAAGCUGUUCAAUAUAACAAUGGAAAGUAUAGGAGCAAGGUAACUUAAUAUCUCUCCAAAGCAACAAUUAAUUUCUUUUGUUUUUAUUGUUACGGAUGUUUGUGUAAUAUAUAUAUAUUUUUAGACCUUUAAUUAUAGUUCAGUAGCCCAGAUAAUUAUGUAUGUGUAUCGGCAUAUUUAAAUAUGUGUAUAUCCUUUUACUUGUACAAGGCACGGAUUGGAAGCUGUCACUUUUAGGGCUUUCUGACUUUUUUACAGAAGCCCCCCACAGGUUGCAUGUUGGUUGCAUGUUGGUCCCUGUAUGAUGAAUGUGAUGGAGAGAUGUACGCCCCAUCCAUAGCUUCCUACCUUAAUGCGCGGAAUUUUCUUUCUAUCUCCUGGCAUGCCAAGGGUUGCUGCAGGGUUGUACUGGCUCAUGCGCAAAGGUCCCACAUUUUCAAGGUCCAAUGAGACUGCCUUCUGGCAUUCAUUGCACAUCGAACAAGAAGAUACAUUUUCAUAUCAUCCAUCAACCAUCACUAAACAAUGUGGCUUUUUCCAUAAAAGUACACUAUUAAAAUUUCAGUGUAAUCUGCUGAAGCCAUUUUUUAUAAAGUUUGUGCCUUAUGACAGCACGGUCUUAUAUAGUUACAUUUCAUCCAUUAGCAGUGAAGUAUUAAUAAAAAUAUUCUCUAAAUGCAUAUGAACUUAAAUCCCACUGACUAUUUUCAGAUUUUUCAUAGAGAUAUAUUCCAAAUACUUUUCAUAUUGCUUUCAAAAGUGCCUACAAACUUGAGAAAGUGAUUAACCUUUCCUUCCAGGAUAUUGUAUGAACAUUAUUUAUGUCCAUGUGCUUUGCAGAAAAAGAUUUCAUCAAUAAGGCUUUGCUCACACUUACCUAUACCCUAGGAAUGAUUACCAGACUGCAGAGAAACAAAAUUAUGUAUAAUGUAAAAAUCAAGUCAUUUAUUUUCCCCAAGACCUGUUCCUUGUGGUUUAUACUGUUUGUAAUGUUUUGUAGGCUGGUUUCUGUAUACGUUGGGCCAAAGGGCGAGAAUAGGAGGCCAGCGAGAUGCUUGGUUUGUUGUGGAUAAGGACGUGUCCACAGCGACUGUUUAUGUGGUAUGUAUCCUGGACUAAAUCCAUGUGGGCCUUAAAACAGGAGAUUUCUAAAUUGUCGCUGACACUAUUCGAUCGAAUCGUCUGCAAAUUUUUGGUGCAAUUUAUGAAAUCUCUAAGAGUUUUUUUUAACCUUUUGCAUUCUGUUAAUUUUGAGUGUUUUCAGUGAAUCAGUUGUGAAAUUUAACUGUUGGCACUUUGAUAACUAUCCCCUUUUGUUUUUUUGGAGGUAUUUAAAGCAAAACAUUUUUGUAUUCAUCCGGGAUCUGAGCAGCAAGUUACACCAGAGUCCUUGUAUGAUGGGAACCUCUUGUAAACUCUCAUUCUUUGCCCUAUUCUUUCUAAGUGUAUCAGUCAGACUUUGCAUUUUCAUUAGUUUCAAGAUUAGUUUUAAAACUGCAAGAUUGCGUGUGUUUUGUUUUGUUUAUAAGCAGUUUCUCCGUAAAUGGGAUCCUGGCUAAAUCAUUAAGUAUUUGAAGGUGGAGUGGCACACAUUAUGGAGAUUUAAACCAGUGUUGCUGUCGGGUCCAGUGGUUUCCAUGGCGAUUACUCACUGUCAUUUAGAACUUUUACUCUAUUUUUCUGUUAUUACAGUAAUUUACUACAUUAAAGUCUAUAAUAUUAUUUUCAUAUGCUUAUUUCCUGUCCACGUUAUACGACAAUCUCAUGUCUUUGAAAGUAACAUUAAAAAUAUAAUUUGCUCCUUUGAAGAGUUAGAUCAUUUCAGUUAGCAGUGUAUACUUUAGGCGUGUUAAAUAGUGUAGUCCUCCCAUUAAUCUAAAACUGCAUCAUUGACACCCCACCUCUCAUCUUUUUUUUUUUUUUUAAGAUGAUAAGCGAACGUCUACUUUAUGCAAAUUGAUGGGUAACAUCUAUCUUCUUUGACCCAAGACAGCAAUGUCUGCCAUAGGCUUUUUAAAGGGGCGCACUGUGUAAUGUAACCACUGUAUUGGUUAUGUUGCAUAGAGUCUGUUUGUUUCAUCCAUCUGGUUAAUAUCAAACUAUUUAAAGUGAUUCUGUCAUUCUCUGGGGUCUUUGCAUAUUUUUUAAGACCCCCGAUGGUGAAAUUGUUGCUUGCGGUGUGUUGGCUGAGGGUGCAUGGAAAGGUGAGUUUUACUUACCCCAAGCUCUCCCUUGCGGCCGCCAUCUACUUCCGUGGAAUCCUCUUCAGCUCCUGACCCCUCAUCUUCCAGAAGGCAGAGAGAGUACAACAUUGAUGUCUACUGAGGAUUCCACAAGGUUGCAGGAGCCUCCAUAGAGAGAGAGCCUUUUUACCCCUCAGCUCUGGCUUUACAAAGAUUAAUAGUGGUAGCUACGCCUUUCUGUCUGAUUAUAGCUCUUUUGGAAAUUAAAUAAAAUUCCAGCAUAAUCUUUAUCAGCAUUUCUUAUUUUUUUGGGGGGGGGAGAGGAGCAGGGGGGAGGGUGACAUAGCUGCUUUAAGAAUUAUUGAUAUAAAUUUAGGAAUCUUCCUUUCUGACACCAAGGGAGUAUCCUCAUCCCAUUUGCAUUAAUACAGAAUUUACAUUUUCUCCAACCUGGGCUACACUGUUUGGCUAGGAUUGCUGGAUUGUUCUAGCCACUUUCUAAUGGCGCUUGUUAACUCAAAGUCUAUUCACUAAACUGUGAAUUAUACAUGUAUCUUCCCGCCAUAAUGUUAGAGUCUGCGUUUGGUUCUUUACAAGUUGAGUCUCAGUGAAUGCACUAAAUGUAGUUAGUACCUGUCACAAUAAAAUCAUGGCGCAUUCUCGUUUUGAAGUGCUGGUUAAUGAUUUUCUGUAUACAACAACUUGUGAUGAACUGUUAUAAUUAUGUGUUUGCUAAAUGACAUCCACUCAGCAAUUAGAGCAUUUGAUGUACUGCUUUGAUGAUAUAACUGCUUAGGGAGUAUCGUAUCAGCUGUGAGUAAUAGAGCAAUGCAUUGAUGUUUUGUGCUAUUUCUAUCCAGCGAUGUACAAUGACACUGUUUAUCCUAUGUUUGUUCAUUCUAAUAUUACGCUUGCAUCCUUUCCUGCCAGUUUACACUCUCUCCUGCUCUUCACUAUAUUCAGGGAUAGAAGGUUUCAUAGAUCACACAAAUUUAUUUUCCUGUUUGUCCUAUUUCAUUUGAAUUAUAGAUAUUUAAUUUGUUUACUACAAAUAGUCACUGAAUUCCUGGAUUCAUCUUUUAAUCUCCUACAAACAGAUCUACACACAAGUCCAGUUCCCAUGUCUCGCCUCUGUCUUCCCAUUUCAUCACUUAAAGGGACAGUAGGCACCCAGACCCCUUCAGCUCAUUCAAGUGGUAUGGGUGCUGUGUCCUUAUUGCACUUGGUGUGCUGCAAUGUAAAACUUUACAUUGCAGCACUAAGUCUGCCUCCAGUGGCUUUUUCCCAAACAGCCACUGGAGGGGCUUCCUGGAUCCAAACAGACCUUUGAUAUACAAAACAAGGUAGCGCUUGAAAAUUGUGGAAACUGGACUGAUAUACCAAAAAAGGGGUUUAUAUACCUUAAGGAAGUUCUGACAGAUAUUAACGGUCUCUGGUUUAUGUACCUUUAAAAACAAAAAUGGAUGUAUACAGUAGUGCAAGACCUCAAAAUAAUUGUGUUACGGAAACACUCACAUAUUAAUGAGCAAUAGACUAUAGCUCACGUGACAACAGCCUUGGGGUCAGUAAAGGCGACCCUUCCCUUCUUGUGUAGUGGGUCCUUCAAUUUCUGUAUUAAUGAAGACAAGAUAUGGUGCGAUAUCGUAGUGCACAAAUUGAAAUCUAUGUAGCAAUAGGAUCAGUACUCACAAACAUGGAGCCAAAGGUUAGGCUCUGAUCUUAGUACAUUGUGUAGUUAAUGACUACACUCCUCCUUUGGAUAUAGCAGGAAGUAAAAUGCCUUGAGUGACCGUAAAAUAACAAUUUAUUAAUAAAAUCAAAUCCUAUAUUGUUAAAAUCAAAUCUCGCUAUAAAACUGUUUGCAUCUACCGUUUUGAAGUGAUUUUUAGUUCUAAAAGAUCAUCUAUAUAAAUAUUAAGAUCUUAAAAUACUACUUCUUGUUGGCUCCACGUACUCGUUCGUUUUAUACCCCAUGUGUUAUCGUUUAAGAAUGUUAAAAAAAUGUUCAGAUCCUCUUUCUGUCCUUUCCAUAUAACGAAUAUCAUCUAUAUAUCGGCCGCUAUGGACCCCAAGGCUGUUGUCACUUGAGCUAUAGUUUAUAGUUCAUGAAUAUGUGAGUGUUUCUGUAACACAAUUUUUUUUAUAAGAAAUUAUUUUGAGGUCUUGUGUAUAUCUAUUUUUGUUUUUAAAGGUACAUAAACCAGAGACUAUUACUAUGUCAGAACUUCCUUAAGGUAUAUAAACAGCUUUUUUUGGUAUAUCAGUCCAAUUUCCACAAUUUUCAAGCACUACACUGUUUUGUAUGUUGUGUAUAUAGAAAAGAUUGCACACUGUGUUAUAGCAGCUUAAUGAUGAAAUCAAGCACUUGCACUUUCUUAAAUUUUUUGGAGAUUACAGCUAGCGCUAGUACAACAGACAUUAUGUAUUUCCAAACAGACCUUUGGUUUGGUAAAUGACGCUGGACGUCCUCACGCACUCUUGGGGGGGCGUGAGAGAUGGGGAGGCAGAGGGAGCUAUAGUACCAGCAAUACGGCUUUGUAUUCUUGGCACUUAUAGAAUCCCUUUAAUUGCCUUUCUUCGGUGUGAGCUUCUGUGUUCCCUGAGUAUUCUACAGACAGCAGUUAAAGAGUUACUGUAAGCACCAUGACCUCUUAAGUCAUUUGAAGUGGUCAUGGUGCCUGAAGUCUAUGUGCAGUGCACAUACUGCAUUUAACCCAAUGCUGCUUUAGGUGUAACUCCACCUCCAGCGACGUCAUUUGCGAGCCUUGAACACGAACGAAUGUCGAACUAAGCGCAUAUUUCUGUGUACAGAAUGUCAAUCAUUGGCUGAGAGUGUUGGGCUCUGCUUCUGGCUCCUUCAGAGCAGACCUAGGUAAGCUGCUUCCUUGUUGCUAUUCAGACCAUUCGAGUAAUGCGGAGUAGACUGUGUUAUGUAUGUAGACCGUACUAUAAAACAAUCAAUUAUUCACUGAUCUGUUGUUGUUUGUUUGAUUGCUGGCAUUUAAGAGCUUCUCGUUCUGACACAAUGUUCCUAUCACUGUGUUCAAGGCCCCAUGUACCAAUCACCCCGCUCUGUUUAGAGACUUGCUGCGGACCGAUCGCGUACACUGGCUCUCAGAAGACCCUCCUCCAGAGCUAAUAGAGAAUAAGAUGAUGGAUUGCUAUUUUAGAUUCCAACACCAGAUGGCGCUAGGUGAGUGCUAUAAUUUGUAGCAUCUUCUUGAGUUUAGAAGGAAUUAAAGCUCCGAUAUGUGUAGAUGCAGCUUUUUUUUUUACUAAUUUUUUUUCUGUCUGAUACUCAAAAUGGAUUUUCAUAAAAAAUUUGCCUUGGCUCCGCGUUAGUGAGUGAGUCGUUUCUCUAGACUGUGUAUUUAGAUGGAAAGUGUGACUGGGCAUCUACCUGUAGUCUCCCUCUGCGUGUAUGUUCUCUCCCUUGCACCAUCCCCCCAUUUGCAGCGAUAAAUUCUCCCCUGGUCAUAGAAGUACUAAUAAGACCAAUCUAUGUAAGGCUGCCUCUCAGUGUGUCCCUAUGCCUGUCUGAAUUGAGCUGUCAGAAAGCUUCUAAAUCCCCAAUGGCUUCUAUUAAAUUGUUUAAAGGGACACUAUAGGCACCAAAACCACUUUAGCUUACUGAAGCGAUUUUGGUGUAUAGAUCAUGUUCCUGCAGUCUCACUGCUCAAUUCUCUGCCAUUUAGGAGUUAAAUCACCUUUAUACAGCUUCAGUAAAGAUAAAGGUGUUUUGGUGCCUAUAGUGUCUUUUUAAUGGUUUAAGUCAUGUCUUUUUCCUGUAUAUCUCUUCAACUCCUCCAGAGCAGAGGUUUUAUGCUUGGCACUCAAACUAUGGGGGGGUGGGAGGGGACUAGGAAAUGGCUACCUGCCCUAAUGUGUUUUAUACCCCACCUUCUAUAGACUGUAAGUUCGUUUGAGCAGGGCCCUCUUCAACCUAUUGUUCCUGUAAGUUUUCUUGUAAUUGUCCUAUUUAUAGUUACAUCCCCCCUCUCAUAAUAUUGUAAGGCGCUACGGAAUCUGUUGGCGCUAUAUAAAUAGCAAUAAUAAUAAUAGAUGUUCCAGCAACAUCCUAGUACACGGCAGAAGCUGUGAAUCCUAUGGAACAGUAAAGGUGUGUGGUUCUUUUUUUUUUUUUUUUUUAGUAUAGUGCCUGAAGUGUCAUUUUUAAUCUCGGUUCCUGCCCUCCUCAUGCCCCUUAAAUAAUUAUACAAUCAAAUCAGACUUAAAUACACCAUAUAAUUCCCUACAUGUUUUGUUUUGGCUUAGAUUGUCCUCUACAUCACAGGAGCUUUUGUGAUGAGGAUGUCCCAAUCUAUUUAGUAAGAAACAUGUCCGUAUUUUAAACACUAGUGUUCUUCGUCUUAAAACUGCUUUGGUGGCACUUUGUAGAAUUGUACGCCUUGUUUAUAUCAAUCCUUGUUCUAAUGUAUCAUUUCAGUCUCUUCUUUAUACAGAUCUGUCUCAUACCAUGCAGUAAAGUAAACAUGGUUUUUACUUUGUGUAUAUAUUUAAAUGUUUCUGAAGUUUUUCCAAAUGCUAAAUAACAUGUUUUGCUUACCGUACGAUAAGGCGCUGUCUGCAAUUAGCUUUUGUCUUAGGUAAUGGCAGUUGAGUUUGGCUGGCAUUUCAAUGUGAUUAUAGCAGCUCGUGUUAACUUCAUGUAUCAUGUUAUUGGACGAACGCACCCACAGUGCACUCUAAUCCCCGAGAAAUGCUCAGCCUGUCACGUCUUGUUGCCAGCUCAGAAAUCAUGUUGGAGGCGCUGGAUUUUCAAUGGUUACAUUGUUUUGAGUUUGAGUUAAGUUACUAUUGCCAUGAGCUUGUCAAGGGGUGCGAACCGUAAUUAACCCACUCAUUGCUGUGAGCUAAAACACGCUGCAGAUUCCCAUCGCCAUACAAUGUUUGUCUUAUUUUACUUGUUAUCUUACCUGUUAUUGCUGUUGUGAUAUGUUACUGCCCAUAGGCUGUGUAUGUUGUUGGAUAGAUUAAAGUAAACUUUCUGAGUCUGUUUGCUUAAAAGGACGAAUCCAAAUUAAAGACACCUUUUAGUGGAUUACAAAAUACCUGCAUCUGAUUUCUCAAAUUACAACUUUAACGUCCAAGUAUUACUGCUCUGUUUGUGUAGCAUAUCUGUUUUCCAAGUGGCACCAGCGAAUCAGCCAGCCUUUAACGCACCUACGACCUGCGUAUACUUACAAGGAAGAAAUAAUAAAUGGACGCUUACCUUUUAUAUCCAUAUUGUGUCAGUGGCAUUCGCUCACUGACCCAUUCUUUAGUUGCAAUAUGCGCUCAGUGCCCCGAUUCUUCAAUCGUAAUUUAAUUAAUAUCAAAAUAUUUAUUUUUUUCAAAAACUUCUACAUUUGACUCUAAUCUGCAUCAAAGGGGUCUCUGCUGAACUGAGAAAUCAUCCUACAGUAAGCUAUUGAUUGUUUCAGUUUAUGUUGUAUCUGAUAAAUAAAAUGCACGUUUUCUAAAAUACAUGAUCUAACUAAGAACGGUGUGUAUGUAUAUACAUCUGCUUAUUAUUGAAACGCUUCCUUGUCUUCUAGUGCCAUGUGUUCUAACACUAAACCAAGAUGGCACCGUAUGGGUGACGCUGGCGAAGCCAUUGCGUGCCCUGACACCCGGGCAGGUGAGUUCUUUACACCUUGUUUUUGCUGCUGUAAUCACUAAUGUAAUGUUCAGGCCCAACGUUAAAGGAACCUGCUCAUGCGUAGGAAAACACAAGACAAAGCCGUCAUAAGUGAUCGAGAUGCUUUAAACAAAAACUGCAUUUUUAUUCAUGUCCAAUAAGCCCUGGUUAUUCCUGGCAUCAGCAUGCUUAUCUGCCCAAUAAGCCUCUAUAGUGGGGUUUUUUAGUCAGAGCAGAACUAUUAUUUCUACAGUAUAUAAUUGUGCAAUUAUUUGAGGUUUCCUCCCCAAGCAAUUUAAUUAAGUGAAUUUGUGAUAUUGCAGGAAGCCUGUCCUGUAAUUAUGCCACAUUAACAGUAUUGUUCAGCAAUGAACCAUUGCCUGUCGAAGCACCUCUUUUACAUCUUUUUCUCUCUAUGUACCUAGGGGAGAGCUGAGAAGUAAGUUUCCCAAAAUAAUUUGUGCUAAAUGGUUGCAACAUAUUUUAAUCGACUGGGAAAGGGGAAAAUGGUGAUCACUGGUCAUUCGAUAUACCUUAACUUUGCAAUUCUGAAGCGUUGGUAAAUUAAUGUAGCGAUGUAGGAUAGAAGAAUUUGUCUAAGGCAAAUACUUUUUUUUUUACUGUAAGAACAAUAAGGAUGUGGAAUUCUCUGCCUGAAGAAGUGGUUUUAUCAGAGUCCAUACAGAUGUUCAAACAGCUACUAGAUGCAUACUUGCAAAAACAGAAUAUUCAAGGAUAUAAUCAUUCAAUGUAGGGUAAUAACUGCUUGAUCCAAGGAUAAAUCUGACUGCCAUUCUAGGGUCAAGAAGGAAUUUUUUUCCUAGCUUGUUGUACAAUUGGAAGUGCUUCAAACUGGGUUUUUUUGCCUUCUUUUGGUUUAACAGCAAAAAACAAAUGUGAGGAAGGCUGAACUUGAUGGAUGUAAGUCUCUUUUCAGCUAUGUAACUAUGUAACGCCUUUAUGCACUUAUGGCAAUCCACUGUUUAGUUGCAUAGGCUGAAUAGAGACAUGUAUAUAACAAGUUCAGUCUUUCUCACAUCUGUUUUUGCUGUUGAGUCAAAAGAAAGCAAAAAACCCAGUUUGAAACACUUCCAAUUUUGCAACAAACUAGGAAAAAAAAUCCUCCUUGACCCCAGAAUGGCAGUCAGAUCUCUCCUUGGAUCGAAAUAACUAUUACCCCUCAAUUUAAAAAUGAUAUCCCUGUAUAUUAUGUUUUUGCAAGUAUGUAUCCAGUUCCUGUUUAAACAUCUGCAUGGACUCUGAUAAAACCACCUUUACAGGCAGAGAAUUCCACAUCCUUAUUGUAAAAAACAUUGGACUAAAUCUCCUUUCUUCCAGUCUAAAUGUGUGACCACAUGUCCUAUGUAUUGUCCUGUUUAUGAAUAGAUUUCCAGACAAUGGUUUGUAUUGGCCCCAAAUAGAUUGUACAUUAUCAUAUCCACUCUGAGGUGAUGUUUUUCUAAACUAAACAGAUUUAAAUUUGUUAACCUUUCUUCAGAACUAAAAUGUUACAUUUCUUUUAUUAUUUUACAUAUAAUAUUAUCAUAAAACUUUUGUACUUUACAUGAAUUUGUAUUACUAUUACAUACCUCCCCUGUUUUGAUCUUGCCCCCGCCCCCACCCCCUUUCUGUCCUCUCUACAUUUUGUAGGAUUCUGUGUGUAUCCCACUAGUUUAAAAUGUGCUCCGACCUUCUAGCCAUACUAUCCCCCAGCACAGCAGAUAUUCUUCUAUUAAGGUGCAGUUCAUCAUGGCUAUAAAGAUUGUUACCCAAGCACAAAUUCAGCCCAGUGCUUUAAAAAGCCAAAACCCUCUUUCCUACACCAUGACUUUAGCCACAAAUUAUUAUUCCUAAUCUACAGCUACCUAUAUUUCAAAUAAAUACUACCUUGAAAAACAACAUUUCUUCAGUUUACUUCCCAAUUCCCUAAACUAAUUUUUUAGGACCCUCCAUUUUACUCUGACUUUGUCAUUGGUACCAAUGUGGACAGCCAAGUCAUCCACAGCCCCACUCAAUAAUCCAUCUACUCUGUCUGCAACAUGACGAAUCCGAGCACCCGGGAGACCGCAAACUGUCCGCUUGAGAUUAUCAGAUCGGCAGAUUACCUAUUCUGCUCUCUUAAUAAUAAAGUGCCCUACCAUCAAAACCUGUCUAGCCUUUCUUACGUUCUCAACCCCACCCAUAGUAGAGCAUCUGUUCCCUCAAUGGUUAGAAGGAACCGCUUCCUCCAGUACAGCUACUCCUGAGCUGAUGCUUCUGACAUCUUCAAUCAAGUUGCCCAGCUACGUGCCUGUUCCCCAACUGUUUUAUCUCCUCCCACUCCACUAGAGGCCACCGCUAGACUCUGCUUAGUGAGCAGUAGACCGCUUUCAAGAUUACCAAACUGUCUCAAAGUUGCAAUUCACUUCUCCAGAUCUCCAAUCUGAGCUUCCAGAGAAGCCAUCUGUUAACACCUGCCACUGAGGUGUGGACCAGAUUAAUCCAGGCAUGCAUACAUGUAGCAAGAUAUGUAGUCAAACCUUCAAUUUUGCUAAUAAACCAUUUCCACAGCUACCAAAAACAAGUACGGGACAGUAAAACAAUAAUUACCUUGUUGGUUUGAACACCUGGUUUUGAACUCCUACUUUAAAAGAGACUACUUUUUAAAGCCACUCCAAGUGAGCAAGCUCAGUUUACUAGUUGUUUGACAAAAUCUUGCUCUGCUUCUCAUAUUACGGUCAGCAAAUAUAGUUUUUAUUGAAUACUGGAUAAUGACGCUUCACAUACUGCUUGCAGAUAUCAGACAGAUUAAUGGACUUGCUGAUACCUUGACCAAGUCACUCUGGGUUUCAGUAAGAUGUUAUUUUGUGAUUUUCCUUAAUCCUCUUGUUCCGUUUCAGCCUGUCUACAUAUCGUGGGUCGUGCUUGCACUGUAACCUAAUUUGUCCAUUCUCUGCCAGUUUGCAGUGUUCUACAAAGACGAAGAAUGUCUUGGAAGUGGCAAAAUUAUGAGACUGGGUCCAUCACAGUACACCUUGCAGCAAGGCCGGGAAAAGAUGAAAUCUGCAGCAAGUGUGACGACAGAGCCUGUUAAAGAGAAGGAUCCGGUGUCCUAAAUGCUGCUAUUCUCCUGUCUAAUAGGACAUAUCCAGUGAAAUCUGAGCCAUCAAAUUAGGAGGGAAGGGAGGCAUUCAGUGCUUCAGCCUUAAUUAGGGGACAAGUUCUGACAGACUGUGACUGGCAUGCUACCUCAGGCGCUUUUAUACACAAUAAUAGAUUGUAUUCAGGAGACGCUGUGGUCGUUCAUACAAACCGUGGCAUGUAAAACAAAUAUAUAUUUAUAUUGUAGAGAUUGAAUUAUGAUUUUAAAACUUUUAUUUUGAUAAUAUUGAUUGUUAAAUAUGGAAAAUAAAGCUAUUUUUUAUA